GUCGUUGACACUGGUUUGUUUGUGUACAUUGUUUGAAAACAUGCAAAAGAUUUGGUUCGUUCCCGGAAAAUAGACCUCCUCAAGCCACAAGGACGAUGAAUCCCGCCAAAUUAAAGGAUAUUAUUUUAAACACUAGCCAUCCGCUUGUAUUGUGCAACGUACAUCCUCAGUGGAACUGCUUUCAGCAAACAUUCAACGAGUGGUGUGAAUCGUUCGACAAUGUACACAAAGAUUACGUACAAUUCGAUGGGUGUUCGGUGAUGGGCGGUGAUAGCCCUCAAUGGGAAUGGCAACGAACGAAGGUAGAGAUGCAAAUGCGAGACAUUUGUCGACCCAAUAUGCACAGUAAAGCUGAACGUUGGAAUUCCUUCAGUUAUCGUAACAUUGCACUUCUGCCAGAAUCCUGCCGGCGAGGAAUAAAUUUUGCGUGCUUUGGUUUUCCCGAGGUCGAUGAAGAUAUUACGUUUUGGAUUGGAUCGAAACAGGCCCACACACCUUGCCACUACGACACGUACGGAUGCAAUAUAGUGGUGCAGGUGUUUGGGCGCAAAUCUUGGACACUGUUGCCCCCGGAAGCAAAGUUAACACCAGUCCGGAUUCCGUACGAAGAAUCCAGUGUGUAUUGCGAGGAAAAUUUCUACAGUCCUGCAUCGUACAGACCAUUUACGAAGGUGGAGAAUGACGUUUACCAUAUCGUUUUGGAACCAGGAAUGGUACUAAUUGUCCCUCCGCGGUGGUGGCACUACGUGGAAACAUUAGAACCUGCGCUUAACUUUAACACUUGGCUCAGUUUGGAAACGGACGUAGAUUCUCUUAUCUCGGAAUGCAUAACCAAGAUGAUGGUACAAGAUUUAUGUCACGGCGUGGCAGACAAUAUGAAAAGGCGUAUCAUAAACCCGAAUGAGGAACUAUUGGCAACAACAACUAAUGUGAACAUGUCGUACGAUAUAUUGAACUAUUUGCUAAAUCAAAAGCGAACCAACAAACAACAACGUACAGACCUUAAGCGUUAUCCCUGCAACUAUCUACCCAGCGAAGCGCUCAGCCGACUAAUAGCUGAAAGUGAUUCCUAUCUUAGGCCGGUGCAAAAGUUACAUCAAAGCGAUUUUUACAAUUUUAUCGCGUGCAAUCAUGUCCGAUACAAUUCUUCCAACGAUGGCCUACAUUAUGCAGGAUUAACUCCUGAGGAAACGGAAAAAGCGGUUAGAUUAAGAAAUUUGAUAAACGUGUGUUGCAAAUCCGAUAUCAUUAAAUCAAUAGAAAAAGCGCUGUUGGAUGAAUAUAGCGAUUGACUUUAAACGAUAAUGCGAUUAUUUCGGUAUAGCUCAUGAACGAAAUAUUGAAAAGUUCAAGUUAAUAGCUUGUCUUACCAACUUACUAAUUGCUUGCCAAAACUAUGAAUAACGAUUGAUACUGGCAUUUUUUUUAUUUUUCUUUUAAUUAGGCUUCAAUUUAUUUAAUAAUUUAAUUCAAUUCAAUGUUUUAUUAAUUCAAUUCAAUUUAAUAAAUAAAGCAGACGUUUUUUGCGCCAUUGAGACGCUCUAAAAUGUAGCCACUGUCUGUUGUAUAAAGAGAGGUAUUACUAGUAGAUAAGUAAAACAUUGCGUGCUACGGUCAGAAUAAAUGCACUCUUUUUAUUGUU